CAUCCUUCCCCUACCCUGUCCUACUCUAUCUCUCUUUACGGUCCCUAGUCCCCUCAGCCCGGUCGUCGUACCCCGCCAUGGCGUCGAACUCGGACAUUAUCGUCCUCGCCGUCGGCCUGGUCCUCGCCGCAGUCUACCUGUUCCGCGACCAGCUCUUCGCCUCCAAGCCAAAGUCAACGCCCGUUGCGCUCCCCAGGAAUGCAAACGCAGGCGGCGGUGACCCGCGUGACUUCGUCACGAAGAUGAAGGAGGGGAAAAAACGCAUCGUCAUCUUCUACGGGUCGCAAACUGGUACUGCGGAGGAAUAUGCCAUUCGUCUUGCAAAGGAGGCUAAGCAGAAGUUCGGUCUCGCAUCUCUCGUGUGCGACCCCGAGGAGUACGACUUCGAGAAGCUCGACCAGAUCCCGGAGGAAUGCUGUGUCUUCUUCGUCAUGGCCACCUACGGCGAGGGCGAGCCGACCGACAACGCCGUCACGCUCUGCCAGAACCUCUCGGACGAGUCAUUCGAGUUCAGCAACGGCGAGCAUAAGCUGCCCGGUCUCAAGUACGUCGUUUUCGGUCUCGGAAACAAGACAUACGAGCAUUACAACCUCAUCGCGAAGAACGUCGACCGGGACUUGCAAAAGAUGGGUGCCAUCAAGAUCGGCGAGCGGGGCGAGGGUGAUGACGACAAGAGCAUGGAGGAGGACUACUUGGAGUGGAAGGAUGGCAUGUGGGAGGCGUUUGCCCAGGCGAUGAACGUCGAGGAGGGCCAGGGUGGAGACACUCCGGACUUCGCUGUCACGGAGGUGGAGGAUCACCCGCCUGAGAAGGUCUACCUCGGUGAACUGUCUGCCCGUGCCCUGACCCGCUCCAAGGGUAUCCAUGACGCGAAGAACCCCUACCCGGCUCCCAUUACCGUCGCCCGCGAGCUCUUCCAGCAGCCCUCUGACAGGAACUGCGUGCACAUGGAGUUCAACUCUGAGGGUUCCGGCAUCACGUACCAGCACGGUGACCACGUCGGUGUCUGGCCGUCCAACGCUGAGAACGAGGUCUUCCGGUUGCUCUGCGCGCUCGGUCUGCACGACAAGAAGGACAAGGUCAUCAACAUUGAGUCGCUCGACCCCGCGCUCGCCAAAGUACCUUUCCCUGUCCCGACCACAUACAUCACGGUACUCCGCCACUACAUUGACGUCAGCGCUGUCGCCGGCCGUCAAAUGCUCGGCGUCCUAUCCAAGUUCGCGCCCAACCCGGAGGCCGAGGCGUUCCUGAAGACACUGAACACGAACAAGGACGAAUACACGAACGUUGUCGCGAAUGGCUGCCUGAAGCUUGGCGAGGUUCUGCAGCUCGCUGCGGGUAACGAUAUUACCGCCGAGCCUUCGCCCGAGAACACCACGUCGUGGUCCAUUCCCUUCGACAUCGUCGUCUCCAGCACCCCCCGUCUCCAGCCCCGGUACUACUCCAUCUCGUCCAGCCCCAAGCUCUACCCGAACUCGAUACACAUCACCGUCGUCGUCCUCGCGUACGAGUCUGUCGAGAGCGAGAAGGUCAAGUCGCGCUGGAUCCACGGUGUUGGCUCCAACUUCCUCCUCAACCUCAAGUUCGCCGUCGGUAACGAGCACGUCUCCUUGAUCGCAGAGGACGCGAAGCACAACCCUGCGCUCGCAAAGUUGCCGAAGUAUGCGAUUGAGGGCCCGAGGAACGCUUACAAGCAGGAGACAAUCUUCAAGUCGCCCAUCCACAUCCGGAGAUCCACCUUCAGGCUGCCGACGAACCCGAAGAGCCCUGUGAUCAUGAUCGGUCCUGGUACUGGUGUGGCGCCAUUCCGCGGCUUUGUGCAAGAACGUGUCGCCAUGGCUCGUCGUACGAUCGAGAAGAACGGUGUCGAGGGUCUCGCCGACUGGGGCAGCAUCCGCCUCUACUUCGGCUGCCGCCGCUCGGACCAGGACUUCCUCUACAAGGACGAGUGGCCCGAGUACGCGAAGGAGCUGCACGGCAAGUUCACGAUGCGCUGCGCGUUCUCGCGCGAGGUGUACAAGCCCGACGGGGGCAAGAUCUACGUGCAGGACCUGCUCUGGGAGGACCGCGACCACGUCGCGGACUCGAUCCUCAACGGGAAGGGCUACGUGUACAUCUGUGGUGACGCGAAGAGCAUGAGCAAGGCCGUCGAGGAGACGCUCUGCAGGAUCCUCGGCGAGGCGAAGGGCGGCUCCGCGGAGGUCGAGGGCGCCGCGGAGGUGAAGCUGCUCAAGGAGCGCAGCCGGAUGCUUUCGGAUGUGUGGAGCUGAGGGGAUCCCUUGGAUGACGGUCUGUUAUUUGCAUGUCGUACACCACGCUGCUUUGCAUCGCUGUCGCUUUCGACGAUCCUUUUACACCGUGUCGUGCACGGUGCCGGCCGUGGCAUAGUAUGAUUUUUGGAGUUUAGAUUUAUUUAUACGUCUUGUGCACUAGACUGGCUGCAGGCCACACAUACAAUGAUCAUCUCCUGCAACUCUCAUUUCU